UGGGAGGGAAUACAUGUGCAAAAGCAUCAGAAAUUUCCCUCGAAAAUGAACACGACUCUGCUCUACUACUGGCUUUUAUUCUCGUCUCUUUACUGUCUGAUUGUCUGCAGUCGUCAUCUGGCACUGGAGGAGUUGACUGCACGUCGCAAUGAAUCUUCACCUUUUUUCCAAGGGAAUCAGCGGCCAGAAACUGCGCCAGUGAUAAUAAUAGAAAUGCCAGAAGCUUCAAGAAAGAAAAGUCAAAAAGCUGCUGAAAAAAAAUUGAGAAAGGUGAAGCCAAGCAGAAGCAGCCACAACAGGAAACCAAGACCAGCACCAUCUGCCAAAUGCAUGCCACUAUGGGGUACCUGUAGAAAUCCCGGAAUGGAAUGCUGCCAUCCAUGUGCAUAUUGCCAUUGCCGUCUCCUUCGAACAAUCUGCUACUGCCGAAUGGGAAAUCCUAAUUGCUGAGAAGAAAAAGUUUCAGUACUCAAGUUUAUUACUCACAUUCACCUCUAUAAUGUGUUGUUUUUUAAAGGUGCCAGCUGCAAUGAAAGUAUUGAAAAGAACUAUAAGAGUGACAAGUAAAAGAAAUGAGGUAUUCUACAACAUUAAGGUUCAUAAUAUUAUUUCCAUUAAGUAUUCCUAUAUAACUCUAAUAUGAUAAUAUAUUUAAAAAUAAUCACUGUGAGAAAUCUGGAAUAAUAAACCGAAGACUUUGUCCAACUUUUAUAACACUGAAUAAGUGCAGCAAACAUUUAUGUUUUAAAUAAGAUAGCCAUCAAGUUAUGUUUGAAAUUUGAGUCUCUCAUAAUACAACUAGGAGCACUAAAAUGUUUCACAGAGAAAUUUUAUUUGCUUUGUUAGACAUGUUUUAAGAUGACCAUUCUCAAACAAUUAAUAUCAGUAAGGACUCUGUGUAUUCUGGCCUUGGAUUGAAUUGCUCCUCCUACCAGAAAAUGAAUCAGAGUGUGAAUAUACAUUGUGCAUAUACAGCAAACAAAAAGAAAAGGUUAAAGGUAAUUUUCACACUGCAAAGGAAAGAAAGUUAAAAACACAAGCAUUUGGCAGGAUAGCUUUUAUCAGGUGUGCAAAGUUAAAGGAAAUAGUAGGUGAUAUGUAGAGGAGGGGAAAGGAGGGAGCAAAGCCACGGCAGGUGAAAGGAGAGAAAGUGAGAGUAGGUGUGAAAAAAAAACAUACAGUCAUAUGAAAAGGUUUGGGAACCCCUCUUAAU